AUGGCGGACCGGCGGCGGCAGCGCGCCUCGCAGGACAGCGAGGACGACUCGGACUCGGCCGCCUCCGACAGCGCCGACUCGGCCGCCAGCGCCGCCCGCUCCCGCUCGGCAUCCGGCUCCGGAUCGGGCUCCGGUUCGCCCCGGCCGCCGCACCGCCCGCCGCGGGGUGCCGCCGGGGCCCUCAGCGCCGGGCCGCGGGGCCGCGGGGCCGAGAGCGCUGCCGGGGGGGCGGCCAAGAGCGCGCCCGAGUCCGAGUGUGAAAGCGAGGAUGGCAUUGAAGGAGACGCUGUACUCUCAGAUUAUGAAAGCGCCGAAGACUCGGAGGCAGAGGAAGAGGACUACAGCGAGGAAGAAAGUGCCAAAGUGGAACUGAAGCAGGAUAGUAAUGAUUCCUGUGAGUCAGCGGCAAAAGCAGAGAAAGGGGAUGAGAAACCUGACUCCAAAGGUGCUGUAACGGGUGAGAGGCAAAGCGGGGAUGGGCAGGAGAGCACUGAACCUGUUGAGAAUAAAGUUGGGAAAAAAGUUCCCAAGCACCUGGACGACGAUGAGGAUCGGAAGAACCCGGCUUACAUCCCGCGCAAAGGCCUCUUCUUUGAGCACGACCUCCGAGGGCAGACGCAGGAGGAGGAGGUCAGGCCGAAGGGUCGUCAGCGGAAGCUGUGGAAGGACGAGGGCCGCUGGGAGCACGACAAAUUCCGAGAGGACGAGCAGGCCCCCAAGACCAGGCAGGAGCUGAUCGCGCUUUAUGGCUAUGACAUCAGGUCAGCUCACAACCCCGACGACAUCAAGCCGAGGAGGAUGCGCAAACCAAGGUUUGGGAGUCCUCCUCAGCGAGACCCUAACUGGUCCAACGAGAGGCCAAAUAAGCCCCCAAGGCACCAAGGUGCAGACAGCACUUCGGCCCCCCCACGAACCUUCACCAACAGGAGCUCCGCAGGUACAGGGAGGAUGCCUGCACCUAGGAACUACCCAAGGAUGGGGGGCUACAAAGAGACCCGUCCAAGCUACCGAGCUUCGGAAGCAAGUGUCCAGCAUCUGUCUCGAAACGGUGAGCAAGCGAAACAGGAGAGCAGCUAUCGAGCGAAGCGUGCGGAGCAAAGCCCACCGAGAGACAAGUCACCCGAGAUGGAAGCGGCACAUGUCUACAGCAGCCCUGUGAAGGAGGAGGUUGCUUUGGAAAACCAAGCCACGGCUGCUGAUGCUGCACAGCCACCGCCAGACAGACCAAUUGAAAAGAAGUCUUAUUCCCGGGCAAGAAGGACCAGAAUCAAAGCGGGGGAUGCGGGGAAGCUAGCAGAUGAAGUGCCCGCUUCAGAAGGGCUGACUCCUGUGCCUCCAAAACCUGUGCAAGCCGAGACGUCCCCCCCACCAGCCAAGAGCAGUAACUGGGAGUCGCCGGUAGAAUCCAGCUUGGAUGGACUCGAGCAAGAGAUGACCCAAAUGAAUCUCACCGAGCAGAACUGGACGCCAGGGCAGUCGCAGUUCAUACAGCCCCGGGAGCUGAGGGGUAUUCCUAACCAUAUGCACGUGGGAACUGGGCCACCGCCUCAGUUUAACAGGAUGGAGGAAAUGGCGGUGCAGGGGGGCCGCGUGAAACGCUACUCGUCGCAGCGGCAGAGGCCGCCGGUGCCGGAGCCUGCCCCGCCCAUGCACAUCAGCAUCAUGGAAGGGCACUACUACGACCCACUACAAUUCCAGGGACCAAUCUACACCCACAGUGAGAACCCGGCUCCGCUGCCGCCCCAAGGGAUGAUCGUACAGCCAGAAAUGCAUCUCCCUCAUCCAGGUUUACAUCCCCACCAGACGCCAGCCCCCAUGGCAAACCCUGGGCUGUACCCUCCGCCGGUCUCCAUGCCCCCGGGCCAGCCCCCGCCACAGCAGCUGCUUGCACCGACUUACUUCUCCCCUCCUGGAGUCAUGAAUUUUGGGAAUCCUGGCUACCCCUACCCCCCAGGAGCACUGCCCCCUCCGCCCCCUCCUCAUCUCUAUUCCAACACGCAGGCCCAGUCCCAGGUGUACGGAGGGGUCACCUACUACAACACUGUCCAGCAGCAAGUGCAGCCCAAGCCUUCUCCGCCUCGAAGGACGUCCCAGCCUGUGACUAUCAAGCCCCCGCCUCCUGAGCUUCUCGUUGCAGGUGGUAAGCAGGGCUCCAGUUAAUUUGAGUUUCUAAAUACUUUAAAACUAAACCCACGUAAAAAGUAAGUCCAAAGUUGACUCUUGCCUUUUUUUUUUUUUUAUUUGCUCAGGGUAGAAAACAGAACACCUUAGAGGGAGGAAAAUCCUGUCCUAAGCUAGGAGGCAGUGACUUCUCUGGAAGAAUAAAUGUUGAGACCUUAGUAGAUAAUUCAGGCAGCAGACUUAAAGGCUUUCCAGAGAUGAGAGCCGUUUCUCUGCGCUGGGAACGGCCUCGUCACUCCAGUGCUGUGAGCUGUGCCUGUGUAUGCGUGCUAGAGUGCCACGUGUGUGUUUGGUUUCCCUUUCAAUACCUUGCUUAGCGUAUGGGAGCUGAGCGAGCCUGAGUCGCGGCAAGCCCAGACCCGGGCAGGCAUGUGCCGGUUGUUUUCCCCGUACACGGGGAGGCGGCGUGCAGUGCGGUAGAGGGCUGGGAAACAUGCGGCGUUUGUAAAUCCAUCGUGAGAUUGUCUGAUCGAGGUGCCCUUUGAAAGGCCUCGCGAUUGGAAAAAAUGUUUAAACACGAGGAGAGCUUGGCUGAAGGGAGCUGGUUGUGCCCAGAGUGGGCACGGAGGAAGCCGGAGGCGCGGGUGGGCGGUGGUCACGUUUUGGCACGCAGGUGUGGAGGGUGUUUGCUCACAGGACCCUGGCGAUAGCGCUGCAACCCCCGCGUGGCGUCUGUGGUGGGGCAGCCUAAGCUCUGCUUCUCUUUCCUCUUCCCUACCAGGACAGCAAAGGUGAAAAGUCAAAGGAGAGGAGCAACACGUAGG